AUGUCGCUCCAAAAUCACAGCGACCUGGAAAUGCGAAUCCUAGCUCGCAUGCAGGAACAGAAUUUAAACCCGUACGAGUAUGCGCCUCACCGCGACGUGUCGAUGGACGACAGUAGUGAAAGCGAAGAUCCUGAUUUUGGAAGACCCCCAUCACCGCACGCCGGCCGUCUAGGCAACGUCGACUGGUGCAGGUGCAAGCACUGCGGGCUUAUGCCGACGCUGGCCGAGUGCAUCUGCUGUAAGGACAUUGCAGAGAUCCGGACUGAACAGCUCUGCGUCACAUUAGACGCCGAUUUCGAGGCUCUGUGUCUGAAUACUGCAGUGCUACGGGUCGCGUAUAUAGACGUCCAUGUUAACAGGGAGGAUGCCGAGAUCGCAGACGACCAUACGUAA